AUGGUGGUGGCGGUGACGGAGGCGGUGCGGGUGCUGGUGCUGCAGGAGGACGGUGUGAUGACCAACGCGUCCUGGGCCCAGAGCACGGUGACCACCACGCCCUCGCCCUCCGCCUCCGCUUGCAUCAGAUUCAAGGUGUACUUCUUCCGACCUCUUACCCACGUGUUCUCCCUCACCUCCAAGGAAGAGAGCAGGGAGAUCAACGGAGAGAUCUUCGUGGACUACGUGCGGCCCAUCGUCUCCGCCGCCUUCUACUUCCUGGGCAUCCGUGAGCCGCUGCAGGUGCUCACGUGGUACCACUACUGCCUCACCUACGACCACACGGAGGCGCAGAUCACCGCCUACCUGGACGGGAACCUGCAGGGCGUCAUCUCCAGGAACACGACCAGGUGGUUUGGCGAGGCCACGCUGGUGCUGGGCCAGUACAGCCUCGAGUACUUGAGCAGCUACGACUUCAGACGCAGCUUCAGCGGGCAGCUGGCGCACACGGGGGUGUGGGGUCGCACCCUCACGGCGAACGAGGUGGCGAGGAUGGCGGCGUGCGGCCCCCUCGCUCCCGGCGCCGUCAUCAGGAUGGACCAGGAGUGGACCCUCAGCAAUGCCUCCUUCAUCGAGGUGCCGGAGAACGAAGUCUGCGAGAAGAAGACCAAGUCCAGCUACAUCAAGUUCAUGGCAAUGCCCUACGAGGCGGCGCGUGGGGCCUGUGCGGGCAUCGGCGGUAACCUGCCGGUGCCUGACAGCCUCGAGCACGCCCACGAGAUCAUCGAAGCCAUGCUGCGUCCACCCGAGGUCAAAAUCAUGUGGGUGGGCGCCACGGACAAUGCCGAAGAGGGCGUGUACGUGAAGGCCCACAACGGCGAGGUGAUGAAGUGGUUCAAGUGGGGCAGCAAUGACCCCAACGGCCUCAAGUGGCAGAACUGCCUCGUGAUGGAGCCAGACUUCCUGCACGACUACCCGUGCCACGUGAACCGCGAGGCGCUGUGCUUCCUGGAGGCGCAGUACGAGUGGACGCUGAAGGGGCCGUGCGAGGAGGACACCGCCAACUACAAGUACAGCCUGACGCACCCGGAGAAGGGCAAGCUGGUGUUCCGCGGCUACUACCAGUACGAGAUCGCGGAGGAGGCGGAUGAGUGGGUGUGGCGGAACGUGAUCACGGACACGGUAAUGGCCAGGCUGCCCCCCCAGGAGGGGCGGUGGCCCAUGGGGCGCAACAAUUGGACCAUGGAGAGCGAGGUGUGCGAGAGGAAGGGCGUGCAGGUGCUGCAACUCAGCUCCUGCAACAACGAGCAGUACACGUGCAGGGACGGCUCCUGCAUCCCGCGGCUACAGCGGUGUGACCGCCGCCCGGACUGCCACGACGAGAGCGACGAGCAGGAGUGCCAGCUGGUGCGGCGCCCCCUCGGCUACCACCACUCCCUGCCGCCGCCCAGCAAGGAUUCAGACUCUCCCUUGCUCGUGAGCCUCAAGAUGAAGCUGGUCAGUCUUUCCCUCAGUGACAAGGACGCCUACCUGGAGGUCACCUAUCACCUCAACAUGACCUGGAGUGAUCUCAGGCUACGCUUUUACAACCUGAAGGCGGCGUCCAGACUCAAUCAGGUCCCCGUCUCAGACCAGGGCAGCCUCUGGACGCCCACGCUCACCAUGAUCAACGUGCGGGGGACGGAGCGGACGCAGGUGGAUGACGAGUCAGUCCUCACCGUGCACCGCCGAGGACACCCCCUGAGCGAUGACCUCUCCGUGCCUGAGGAUGCCGACGUGUACCUGGGCAUCGAGAACCACCUGAGCGUGGAGCGGAAGUACACCUCCAAGUUCCUGUGCGACCUCAACCUGGAGCUGUACCCCUUCGACACCCAGCGCUGCUACAUGGAGAUGGAGGUGCUGUCCGCCGCCACUGACUUCGUGGUGCUCGCCGAGAAUGUGUCGGAGGUGACGUACGUGGGCGCGGAGCUGCUCAUCGAGUAUACGGUGGUUCAGGUAAGCUUGGCGAUGGACAACAACAAGACGAUGGCGUCGGGGGAGGUGGAAGUGUUGCUGCAGCGGCGCGUCGGCUACCCCAUCAUCUCCAUCUACGUGCCCACCGUCAUCCUGCUCAUCCUGGCCUACCUCUCCCUCAUCUUCCGCAGGGACAACUUCGAGGCGCGGGUCAUGUCCUCGCUCACCGUCCUCCUCGUGCUCGCCGCCCUCUUCACCCAGACCUCCACAUCGCUACCCAAGACGUCGUACUUCAAGAUGGUGGACGUGUGGCUCCUCUUCAGCAUCUCUCUUAUCUUCUUCGUCAUCGUCUUCCACAUCAUCAUCGACAUGGCGGCGGAUGGAAAGUUUACGGGCGAGGCGUCGGAGCAAGUCACGCCCUUCAAGGUGUAUCCACUCGGGGAGAAUGUAAAGACCAUCUCCCCGCCCACUGGAUCACCGCACCGCCCACACCCCGGCCGCCUGCUCACCCACCUCAUGUCCGCCGGAGGAACCACGCCGGAUGAGCGAAAGCAUCGCCUCUCAGAUAAACUAUUCCGCCAGGCGCUCAUUUUCAUCCCCGGCUACUUCAUACUCUUCAAUGUUAUCUACUGGCUCUACAUCUUCGUCUGACUGCCCUCCUCCUCCUCCGCCUCCUCCUCUUCUUCUUCCUCCAUUCCUCUGUUUCUUUCAAGUCUUUAUUUCUACUUUUCUUUCCCUCCAUUCUUCUGCACCUCCCCAGCCCUUGCG